GAGUGACGUCACUCCACCCCCUUCGGUCCCCUCAGUCUCUGUGCGCGCGCGUGCGCCGCGGGACUGCGGGCGGGUUCGUGGCUCCGCUCUCACAGCGGCCAGGCGGGCAGCAUCAUGGCGGCGGCCCUGGACCCGGCCCGUCCGCGGUUCCCGGACGGUGACGUCGAGCAGGACCCCGGGGCGGCGGCGCAGAAGCUGACAGUGGCCUUGGAACAGAAGCCAGAUGAUGCAGAGUAUUACUGUCAAAGAGCUUAUGCUCAUAUUCUUCUACAGAACUACUGGGAUGCUGUUGCAGAUGCAAAGAAGUCCCUAGAACUCAAUCCCAAUAAUGCCACAGCUUUUCUCAGGAAAGGGAUAAGUGAAUACCAUAGCAAAAACUAUGCUUCUGCUCUAGAGUCUUUCAAAGAAGGACAGAAAUUGGACAAUGUGGAUACUUCUUUUACUAUUUGGAUUAAAAGAUGCGAAGAAACACUAAACAAAGGAUCACAGACUGAAAUGACUACACAACAGCAAACUCAGCCAUCAAAAAUCAAGUAUGACUGGUACCAAACAGAAUCUCAAAUAAUUGUAACUCUCAUGAUCAAGAACGCACAGAAGGAUGACAUCAGUGUACAAUUUUCUGAGAAAGAGCUGAAUGCAUUGGUGAGACUUCCAUCCGGAGAAGACUACAACUUGAAGCUUGUUCUUCUGCAUUCCAUAGUACCAGAGCAAAGUACAUUUAAAGUGCUUUCAACAAAGAUUGAGAUAAAAAUGAAGAAGCCAGAGGCUAUAAGAUGGGAGAAGCUGGAGGGGCAAGGAGAUUCUCCUAAGCUAAAACAAUACACAUCAGACUCCAAACACCUAUAUCCGUCAUCCUCUCAUUAUACAAGGAACUGGGAUAAGUUGGUGGUUGAGAUCAAAGAAGAAGAAAAGAAUGAAAAAUUAGAGGGGGACGCUGCUUUAAAUAAACUCUUUCAGCAAAUCUAUUCAGAUGGCACAGAUGAAGUGAAACGUGCCAUGAACAAGUCCUUCAUGGAGUCUGGAGGGACUGUUCUGAGCACCAACUGGUCUGAUGUGGGGAAAAGAAAGGUAGACGUAAAUCCUCCUGAUGACAUGGAAUGGAAAAAAUUCUAAUCUGUUGAUUUGGCAUCUUUGUGUUGCCCAUAUUCACAUACUGACCAUUGUGUAUGGACAUAGCAUUCUUGGAUUUAAGACACUGAAUGUUCCCUUGAAGAUCGGAAUUAUCGUCUUUACAUCUUGCGUGCUUUAGUAAUUCCUUUGACUGCAGGUGUUAAGGUUUAAUCAGGAAUGGAAGCCUAUUUUUCAUCCCUCCUGUCCAUGAGGAGUUUUCAGAAACAGAUUGAACUAAGUCAUAAAUACACAUUUUCUACUAGCUUUAUCAGUUCUGUACUUUGGGGGAUGAGGAGACCUUUAAUGGGCUGUUUAGGAUUAUUGCCUUAUUUUUAAUUCACAGUAUUGCUGUUGAAUAAUUUAUUAGCUCUGGCAACUUUGGGUAAACACACUUUUCAACUACAGUGUUAAUUGUUUGCUCUCUAACUCUGCUUAAGAAUAAAACUGUAAAAUAUA